AUGGCUCCCAAGAGGAAGACGACCAUGGCGAUCAGUUCAUCCGGGACCGGACUGCCUAUGCCGGUGCGGACCAGUAGCGGGCCAGUCGCGGAAAGAACCCGUGGCGCGGCCCGUGAACAUCCACAUCACCCUGGCAGUCCGGGCCUGGUGAGCAGCGUCGUUCGUACGCCAGGUGAUGAGCCACACGCCACAAACUCCAGAGACGGAGUUGGGACCCCCGCAGGCGGCGCGGUGCCCUCCAAAGGUGUCGUCGUGCCGCCAGGCGGUGGCGCGGCGACCUCCAAGAUGCCAACACCGGCGCCCACGGCGCGCUCUUCUCAAGUUGUGCGCGAUGAGCAGUGCCACCCCGUUGGUGACCCUGGGCGCCGCCCAGGGAAGAGCCCCGCGCGCCCUUCACAUGACGAGGAAGGCCAGCAUGCACGCCGAGGUGCUGGUGAAAAUGGCGGACAACAGCAGGGCCGUGACAGGGCUCCUUCUAACAUGGCUGAAGAAGGGAGGAAGUACCCCGGCGAGGACGCCGGCGCGGACACCGAUUCCACGGAUGACGACGCUGCUGCCCUGACGAAGAAGGGUCGGUGCCGUAAUAGGAAGCGCAAGGGCAAGGCUGUACUUGCUGUCAAGGGGUCUGACGACACCGGCUCCGCCAAGAAGGCCAAGGCAGGGUACAUAAGUACUUUCCGCCAAGGGGAAGGAAGUGAGCAAGCCGGUGCUCCAAGCCCGGCAAGCCAAGCUUGCUAUGGGGUGAAGACACAAAGGUCCACCCGCGGCAAGCUGGGGUUGCCGGGGGGCUGCAAAUCCAGAUAA